GUCAAUCGACUUUGAAUACGUAUAUCGCUCGAACGAUAUAAUUAAUUUUCGUGUAACACUAUUUUGAAUAGGGAGUUGAAUAUACUAUAUUGAAUAGUAUAGGAUUAUCAUACAUCUUUUUAUGCAACGACAUUAUGAUCUUCGUCGAGGGCAUCGUUUCAACAUGCACCGACGUCGUAGGAUCAUGAGAAAAUAGUACAUCGCGUCUUAUCAACAAUCCGUCAACUAUUUCGAAUAAGUGGUAUUAGUAUUAAUUUUGGAAGUUAAUGCAUUAUGGAUUUUUUAACACCACCUAAUUUAAAUGCAGACGUUUAUAGAAACAUGACAAUAACUGAUAGACCUGUUUCUAAUAAACACUUACAAUUUAUCAGUAUUUAUAAUGAAAAAAGUGCUAUUCUUGGAGGAAGCAAUUUAACAGAUCGUUAUUGGAGUGGUACUGUCUGGUACUACAAUGAUAUUACAAAUUUUGAUAGAGAUAAAGCUUUUCUUCAAAUAAAGACAGAGAGUGGUGUUUGCGAUGGUAUUUUUCUACAAAGUGAUAAAUUUGUAAUUGGUGAAGAUAGUGGUGCUUUACAAGUAUUUGAUUUAUCUGCAAAACCUAGUGAUUCAGAAGAAUUACAGUGUGCAGGAUAUGCUGCUUUACACGACAACAGCUUGUUAACUCUAUCUGCAUUUGCUGAUAAGGAACAUAUAGUUUCAGGAGGAAUGGACUGUUGUAUAAAAGUAUGGGACAUAUCAGAGUUAAUGGCAACGUAUUCAUUUGGCUUUGCUCAUACAGAUAUAAUUACUUGUGUUGAUGCUAAGCCUGGAAGUGAUACAGAAUUUGUAUCGACAUCGUAUGAUUGUGAAGCAUUAAUGUGGGACAUAAGGCUAUCAAAACCAGCCCAAAGUAUUCUAAAGAGAGAUGCUGGUUUAACAGCGAUAUGUUGGAGCUUCAAACAACCAAAUAUUGUAGCCAUAGGUACUGAUGAUGGAGAAAUUAUAAUGGUUGAUGUUAGAAAGGGAGGUGUAAAUGUAUUAUCAAUAUCAUCUGCAUUUUCUAGACCUAUACAUAGACUCUUAUUUAAUCCAAAUUCAGAAAGGAUGGAGGAGUUAGCAGCAUGCUGUGAUGAUGUUUGUGUAGAAGUGUUUGAUAUAAACAAUCAGUUUUCACUAAUAUACAAAGAUGAUCGCCAUACUGAUUUUGUACGUGAUCUUACUUGGUUUGAUAGCCAUUUAUAUUCUUGUUCUUGGGACACUGUAGUAUUAAAACAUACAAUAGAUUUUGAAAACAAUAUAUAACUUAUUAAUAUAAGUAUGAUUUAAAUUAUUUCAAUUUUGUGUUUUUAUACAUAAAAAUAGAUUUCUAGACUGGUA